AUGGAACUUGAAAUUCUUAAGACUGCACACAGCAAUAAACUAUUUCACCUAUACGAGACUUCGACUUUUUAUGAUGUUUCAUUAAUCGUCGGUGAGCCAACGGUACAAAAAACAUUUUCUGCUCAUAAGGCGAUCCUAGCAGCACAAUCACAAUUUUUUGUAUUCGCUCUUUCUAGUAAUAAUACUGCUGCUGCUGAUAACAAUAUAAAACUGCCAAAUAUCACGCCAAGAAUUUUUGAAAUUCUGUUGAGAUAUUUUUAUUGUGGAGUUAUGGAAUUGGAAGAGCACUAUGAGCCAACAAUUUUAGAUAUAUUGGAUGCUGCAAAAAAACUCGAAGUUGAAGAACUAGUGCAUUUUAUUCAGAUUUAUUUAGAAAAACAUAACACGCUUUCAUUGACUGAGAAAACUUUUGUUGCAUCUCAAUUAAAAAAUAAUCCCAAUCAAGGACUAUUGAGUAGAUAUAAAAAAGGUGUUGGUGUUUGGUGUGUCGCUAAAUGGGGACCAGCAUUUGGAGGCGGCAGUGAUUUGUGUUUGUUUAAUUCUUCAAAUUAUUGCAGAAAGUCUAGUUCUUAUGAACCUGCUUUAUACGAAAAAGAUGCCGUCAACUUUGAUAUAUCUGAAUACGAA